AUGGCACAAGAAAACAUGAGAGAAAUUCUGAUUUUCGCAAUUAAUGGAGAAAGAUUUGAGGUAUCUAAUUUCGAGCCGUCUAUUACUUUGCUCGAGUUCUUGCGUUAUCACACUCGUUUUAAGAGCGUCAAACUAGGUUGUGGCGAAGGUGGUUGUGGAGCUUGUGUAGUUGUUCUCUCAAGAUACGACAUUUUCAACGAUCAAGUUAAGAGUUUCACAGUAAGUUCAUGCCUUACACUUCUUUGCAGCGUCGAUAAGUGUUCCAUCAUCACAAGCGAAGGUUUAGGGAAUACCAAAGAUGGAUUUCACCCCAUUCACGAGCGAUUCGCCGGAUUUCACGCUUCUCAAUGUGGGUUUUGCACUCCGGGUAUGUGCAUGUCGCUUUUCUCCUCCCUUCUCAAUGCAGACAACAGUCCUCAUGAGGAUGAUGCUCCUCCUCCUUCGGGAUUUUCUAACCUCACUGCUUCAGAAGCGGAAAUGUCUAUCUCUAGUAAUCUCUGUCGUUGUACUGGCUAUAGACCUAUAGCUGAUGCCUGUAAAUCAUUUGCUUCUGAUGUUGAUAUCGAAGAUUUAGGUCUUAAUUCCUUUUGGAAAAAGGGAGAUAGUAGUAACCCGAAAGCUGAUAAACUACCAUUUUAUGACAGAGAUAAUCAGAUUAACGUUUUCCCUCAGUUCUUGAAGAAUGAAUUGGGGGUUUUAAAGAGACAAUCUUGGUACACACCAACUAGUUUGUCGGAACUUCAGGUUACAUUGAUAUCCAUCUUGGCUGAAAAAGAUGAAAGAGUGAAAUUAGUUGUGGGGAAUACGGGAAUGGGUUAUUACAAGGAAAUUGUCCCAUUUCAUAACUAUAUUGAUCUGAGGUAUAUACCCGAGCUUUCUGUAAUCAGAAUGGAUCAAAAUGGGAUUGAAAUUGGAGCUGCUGUAACAAUUUAUGAAGCUAUUUCAGCUCUUAAGAGGGAAAACGAAGCAAUGGGAGAGGGCGAAUCGGUGUUUGUAAAGAUUGCGAACCACAUGGAGAAGGUUGCUACUAGGUUUGUCCGAAACUCGGCUAGUAUUGGUGGGAAUUUGGUAAUGGCACAAAGAAAACAUUUUCCUUCGGAUAUCGCCACCAUACUUCUCGGAGCCGGAUCAACAGUGAACAUACAGAUGGAUUCGAAAUUCGUGACAGUUUCUUUGGAAGAAUUCCUGGCAUGGCCACCAUUGGACUCUGGGAGUGUGCUUUUGAGUGUUCAAAUCCCGCAUACUAAAAUUGGAAACGAAGUCUUUUUCGAAACCUAUCGGGUAUCGCCACGGCCAUUGGGAAAUGCAUUGGCAUAUAUCAAUGCCGCAUUCUUAGCUGAAGUUUCUCGUUCUGAAACCACUAAUGGAGUAACUGUAAAUAAUAUUCGAUUGGCUUUCGGGGCUUAUGGAGUUGAACACGCUAUAAGGGUUAGAAACAUUGAGGAAUUUUUAGUUGGGAAGAAGUCCUUACAACUAGAAGAUCUAUUGGAAGCUGUUAUAAUGCUGAGAGGUAGUAUUAUUCCUGAAGUUGGGACUACACAUGCUGCUUACAGGCGCAGCCUUGCUGUUAGUUAUCUUUUUGACUUCCUUUAUCCAUUAAUUGGUGCUGGUGAUGAUUUCGAGAAGACAAUCAACACUAAUGAAGAUCAAGGAUUUCUUUUAUCUGGAAGCCAGGUGGUGGAAACAAGUAAUGAAUAUUAUCCUGUAGGGGAGCCUAUAGCAAAAACUGGAGCUACCAUCCAAGCAUCUGGUGAAGCUGUCUAUGUUGAUGACAUACCUUCCCCACCAAGCUGCCUUCAUGCUGCAUUUAUUUAUAGCACAAAGCCUUUAGCACGAGUGAAGGGUGUCAAAACUAUUUCUGAGUUUCUACCUGUGGAUGUUAUUACCUUCCAAGAUAUACCAAAUGGUGGGGUUAAUGUAGGAGUGAAGACUGAUUUUGGUUUGGAGCCUUUAUUUGCAGAUGAACUCACUAGGGCUGCUGGGCAACCUCUUGCACUUGUGGUGUCAGACACACAGAAGCAUGCUAAUAUGGCAGCCAGCAGUGCGAUGGUUGAUUAUGACUUUGAGAAUCUUGAACCUCCAAUUCUAACAGUUGAAGAUGCAGUUGAGAGGUCUAGUUUUUUUGAAGUUCCGCCAAAUUUAUAUCCAAAGCAGAUCGGUGACUUCUCGAAAGGAAUGGAUGAAGCUGAUCAUAAAAUUCUCCAUGCUGAGAUUAGACUCCCAUCUCAAUACUAUUUCUACAUGGAAACACAAUGUGCACUUGCUAUCCCAGAUGAAGACAACUGUAUGGUCGUCUACAGUUCUGUUCAGUCUCCAGCGUAUUUACAUUCUGUCAUUGCAAUUUGCUUGGGUGUUCCUGAGCAUAAUGUCCGCGUGAUUACAAGAAGACUUGGAGGCGGCUUUGGUGGAAAGUCUGUUAGAUCUAUGCCUGUAUCUACAGCAUGUGCACUUGCUGCAUUCAAAUUACGGCGCCCUGUCAGAAUAUAUGUCAACCGAAAAACCGACAUGAUAAUGAUAGGAGGGAGACAUCCUAUGAAAAUUACAUACAGUUUCGGAUUCAAAUCUGAUGGGAAGAUCACUGCCCUUCAUCUUGACAUAUUAAUUGAUGCAGGGAUCACUAUAGAUUUAAGCCCCCUUAUCACACACUUCAUUAUGGGUCCACUUAGAGAGUAUAAUUGGGGUGCUUUAUCAUUUGAUAUGAAGCUUUGCAAGACAAAUCUUUCGUCCAAAUCGUCAAUGCGUGCCCCGGGGGAUCUCCAAGGAUCUUUUAUUGCUGAAACCGUGAUAGAACACGUGGCAUCUUCUCUUUCCCUUGAAGUUGAUAACGUGAGGAAGAAAAACAUGCACACUUUCGAUAGUCUUCGUAAUUUCUAUGGGGUUUCUGCAGGCGAGAUUCAUGAAUACACUUUGCCCUUCAUAUACGAUAAAUUGGCGGUUACUUCACAUCUAGACGAAAGGAUCAAAAUGAUAAAGGAGUUCAAUGGGAAUAAUACUUGGAGGAAACGGGCUAUCUCUCUAGUGCCUAUAAUCUAUGAGGUUACUGUGAGCCCAAUCCCCGGGAAAGUUAGUAUCCUACAGGACGGUUCUAUCGUUGUAGAAGUUGGAGGGAUUGAAAUCGGUCAAGGGCUUUGGACAAAAGUAAAGCAAAUGACUGCAUUUUCCCUUAGUUCAAACCUAUGCAAUGCAGAUGAUGAUGAAAACCUUUUGGAUAAAGUACGAGUCAUACAAACGGAUACUCUGAGUCUUGUACAAGGCGGUUUUACAUAUGGGAGUACUACAUCGGAGUCAAGCUGUGCUGCUGUGAAACUUUGUUGUGACAUUUUGGUGGAAAGACUGAUGCCGAUUAAGAACAGGUUAUGUGAACAAACGGGUUCUGUGAAAUGGGAGGCAUUGAUUACUGCGGGACAUCUUGAAUCAGUGAACUUUGCAGCAAAUGCUUACUAUGUACCUGUUGCUGGAACUGGUGACUACCUUAAUUAUGGCGCUGCUGUGAGUGAGGUGGAAAUAAACCUAUUGACAGGAGAAACAAAAAUUCUUCAAUCUGAUAUCAUUUAUGACUGCGGACAAAGCUUGAAUCCAGCCGUCGAUUUGGGACAAAUCGAAGGCGCAUUUGUACAAGGAAUUGGUUUCUACAUGCGCGAAGAAUAUUUAACGAAUUCAGAAGGUUUAGUUAUUUCGGACAGCACCUGGACCUAUAAGAUUCCAUCAAUCGACACCAUUCCAAAACGGUUCAAUGUUGAGAUCCUUAACAGCAAUCAUCAUAAAAACCGUGUUCUCUCUUCUAAAGCUUCUGGAGAGCCACCUCUGCUUCUAGCAGCAUCAGUUCAUUUCGCAACAAAAGCUGCCAUUAAAGAAGCCAGAAAACAGUUAUCUUCUUGGAGUCAAAGAAGAACAGAUUCCUCGUAUUUUCACUUGCCUGUUCCUGCCUUGAUGCCUGUUGUUAAGGAACUAUGUGGACUCGACAAUGUCGAAUCCUACUUAGAAAAUCAGAUUUCCCGAGGCUGACAUUUCAUACAAAUAAAAGUUAAAUAUCUAUAUGCAGCUAUAUAAUAAGGAGAAGCUUAUUAUU